AAAAAUAUAUUUCUAUAAUUGUGUCUUCCUGUUUUCUUCCUAUAAAUAGCAAACAGGAUUUCCCUAUUCCAACUCACCAAUAGAGAUUAAUUCAGAUUAAAAGUAUAGCAAUGAGAUACACUAUAGCUAGCUUCCUCCUUCUUUCACUGAUAGCUUGCAGUGUCAAUGCAAGAAAAGAUGGAGGGGAAUACUGGCAAGGUGUUGCGAAGGAUCAGAAAGUGGAAGGAAAUGGCUGCCACACAGUGGGUGAGACAUCAAUCUUCCAUGUCAAACCUAAGUAUGAGGAAUCUUUUGCAAAUGACUUUAAGGGAAGGGUUCAUGCUAGUACUCACGUCAACCAUUUAGGUUUUGUGAGAGAGUUUGAGCCUAGACCUAGUGCUACAUCUUAUGUUGACAGUCUCAAGCCUCAAGAUGAUAAAUCUUUUGUAAGAGAUUUUGAACCUAGGCCUAGUGCUACAUCUUAUGUUGGUAAUCUCAAGCCACAAGAUGAGAAAUCAUUUGUGAGAGAUUUUGAGCCUAGGCCUAGCGCUACAUCUUAUGUUGGUAAGUUAAAGCCUAGAGAUGAGAAGUCAAAUGCUAACAAUUUUGAGCCAAGACCUAAUGUUUCAGCAUACACUGAUGACGUUAGCUCCAAGAAGGAGAAAUCAAAUGCUAUUGACUUUGAGCCAAGACCUAAUGUUUCAGCAUAUACUGAUGAUGUUAGUUCAAAGAAGGAGAAAUCUUAUGGGGAAGACUUUGAGCCAAGACCUAAUGUUUCAGCAUACACUGAUGACGUUAGCUCCAAGAAGGAGAAAUCACAUGCUAAUGACUUUGAGCCAAGACCUAAUGUUUCAGCAUACACUGAUGACGUUAGCUCCAAGAAGGAGAAAUCACAUGCUAAUGACUUUGAGCCAAGACCUAAUGUUUCAGCAUAUACCGAUGAUGUUAGUUCAAAGAAGGAGAAAUCUUAUGGGGAAGACUUUGAGCCAAGACCUAACGUUUCAGCAUAUACUGAUGAUGUUAGUUCAAAGAAGGAGAAAUCUUCCGGGGGAGACUUUGAGCCACGACCCAAUGUUUCAGCAUAUAGUGACGAGUGAAAAUGAAUCAUGAGUAGGCCGGGGAGUUUAUGUUGUUACGUGUGCUUUCAGUUAUGCUUUUAAUUAUAAUGUAUGAUGGUGUAUAAUAUAGUGUUUCGAAUAAAGUUUAGUCAUGUAUGCCGUGAAAAAUGUGUAUUGGCUCUUGGGUAUGUUCAUUUUUAUAGUUGCAAUCUAGCUUUAAAACAAUUCACCUUGUUUA